AGGGGGCGUGUCCCAGUCCUGGUUUUCUUCUUCAACCCUUCGGCCAAUCAGAAGCCAGGACUGUUGGAUGGCUCCGCCCUCGCUGCUGUGGGUAACAUCGUGGUGGUAACGGCCAGCUACAGAACCGCAGCGCUGGGAUUCCUGAGCGACGGGUCGUCUGGUCUCCGUGGUGACUACGGGCUGUCUGACCAGGAGGCGGGGCUUCAUUGGGUUCAUGCCCACAUCGCUCUGGUGGGCGGAGACAACACGACGGUCACGCUCGGGUCUGAGCGAGGAGGCGCUGACAUCACCAGCCUUCAUCUCCUCUCCUCCUCUUCCUCCCCUCCUCCGUUCCAGAGGAUGAUGCUGAUGGGCGGCUCUGUGUUUUCUCCGUCACUGUUUCAGACCUCCUCCUCCUCCUCCAGACGUCAGGCAGUCGAUUUGGCCAAAGAGCUCAGCUGCGUGACCUCUGACCUCAGCGAUGACGACAAAAUGGCCGACUGUCUCAGAGCGACGCCGGCGUUCACGCUCAACGCUGCUCAGACUAAACUGUUGGCGGUCAGCGGUCCGUUCCAGUCCUGGUCUCCGGUCCGUCAGUCCGUCUCUCGGUCGUCUCUCCACAGAGUCGACCUCCUGCUGGGAACGUCCGAACACGACGGUCUGAUCAGCCGAGCUCGCAGGAUAAAGGACUUUGAGGCCCUUCAGGGUCGAGCCGACGGUAAGACGGCGUUUUACGAGGCUCUGAGUCGCUCACUGGGCGGCGUGACAGGAAGUGACCUGCUGAAGGAGGCGGCGGCCUGGUUCUACUCUCUGGAUCAUGCCCCCUCCCCCGCCGGAUACAACCUGUUCUCCAGAGCGCUCAACAACGCCACCAGAGAUCUGUUCAUCAUCUGUCCCAGUCUGCAGAUGGCUAGCCACUGGGCUAACAGCAAAGCUAACGUCUUCCUGUACCACCAACCUGCCACCAGCUCUCACAACAGGGCCGAUGUGUCUGUUCCUCUGGACGUUCAGUUUGUGUUUGGGAUGCCUCAUCAUCCAAUGAGCUCGCAGCGUUUCACCUCCUCUGACCGACGCCUCUCUCUGGCCAUGAUGACCUACGUCUCCAGCUUCAUCAAGAGCGGGAACCCAAACCCGUCACGUGUGUGGGCGGAGUCAGUUCUGCCCCGUUGGCAGCAGGUCCUGUCCUCUGAGGCCCCACCCACCUACCUGGAGCUAAGCCCCGCCCUCCAACAGCAUCAGGGUCUGAGUCAGAGCUCCUGCUCCUUCUGGAGCCAACUAGGAACCAGACUGACCAGUCUGAGCGGUGUGUCGGGGGCGGAGCCUAUCCAGCCUGAGUUGACCCCUGAGCUCCCACUGGCUGCACCAUCCAGCCAAUCACAGACUGAGAAAGACGCCUACAACUAAACUAAUGACAUCAUCAUCCCGUCCUCCGUGUGACAUCACAGUUUGCUGCUUCCAGAUUCAUUUUGAUCCCAAACAGUGAAGAAAUAAAACGACUGCUGUCUCAAUCAAUAAAAAAAUCAUUUUAAACUCUUAAA